UUUAGUCCAUUUUGACGUCAUCCUGCCCAAUCUUGAUUUGAUGAUGUUGCGCUAAUUGUUCGAACCUCCUCGGGCAGCCGCUGCGUUCGGCGCUCCCGAAUUUUUGGCUAGUGGAAUGAUAAUGUAAUGUGCGUCCGUCACUAUAGCGACAGUCUGAAGGUCGCAGCCGCGGCCUUUUGCCUUUUAAAACGGUCGAAAUGUGGCGAGGGCGAGCGUCCGAGCAAAAGCGCUGAAGCGGGAGCGGUCCGGAUCCGGCAGGGAAGCGAGCGCGCCCACGUGACCACGAAGACCAGUUCCAGCCGACCGCGAGCAGCCCGACGGAGCGCGCGUCGCCUUCCCGCAAAGGUUCGACGACGAUGACGACCGCGACCGCGACGACGUUGCUGCUUCGGCGCAUUCGGGUCUCGCACCCGCGGCGCGGCUUCAGCCUGGACGCGAGCGCGCCGCUGGUGCGCACGCGCGGCUACGUGGGCGGCCGCUGGGUGCGCGCGCCGGGCGACUUCCAGGUCGCGGACCCGGCCACCGGGAUCGAGAUCGCGCGGGUCUCCGACUGCGGGCCGGAAGAGGCCAAGCGGGCCGUGGACGCCGCCCACGAGGCUUUCCAUCAAUGGAAGGACGUCACGGCCAAGGAGCGCGGCGCCCUGCUGAGGAAGUGGGCCGACCUGAUGAGCGAGCACAGGGAGGACCUCGCCAAGAUCGUCACUUUCGAAAGCGGCAAACCCAUGAAGGAGUCGACGGCCGAGAUCGCCUACGCGGCCUCCUUCCUGGAGUGGUUUUCCGAGGAGGCGCGUCGGGUGUACGGCGACGUGGUGCCGUCGCCCUUCAAGGACCGGAGGAUCCUCCUCCUCAAGCAGCCGGUGGGCGUGGCCUCCGUCAUCACGCCGUGGAACUUCCCCAGCGCGAUGAUCACCAGGAAGGUGGGCGCCGCGCUGGCCGCAGGAUGCACCGCCGUGGUCAAACCGGCCGAGGACACGCCCCUUUCGGCGCUGGCCCUGGCAGAGCUGUCGUCCCGGGCGGGCGUCCCCGCCGGCGUCUUCAACGUGGUCCCCAGUUCCAGGGAGCAGACCCCCGCGGUGGGGCGCGUCCUGUGCACCGACCCCCUGGUGGCCAAGGUCUCCUUCACGGGGUCCACCGCCACCGGGAAGGCAAGAGCGCGACACGGACCCGGUUUUGCUGAAAAUGGCCGCCGACACCGUCAAAAAAGUCUCCAUGGAGCUGGGAGGCCACGCCCCCUUCAUUGUGUUCGACAGCGCCGACGUGGACAAGGCGGUGCAAGGAGCCAUGGCCUCCAAGUUCAGGAACUCGGGACAGACGUGCGUGUGCUCCAACCGCUUUCUGGUGCAGAGCGGCAUCUACGACGGCUUCGUGGCCAAGUUGGGCGCCGCCAUGGACCGAGAGCUGAGAGUGGGCCACGGCGGCGAGCCCGACACCACGCAGGGGCCGCUCAUCAACAGCAGGGCGGCGGACAAGGUGGUCCACCAGAUGGAGGACGCCCUUUCUCGGGGGGCCCGACUCCUGCGGGGCGGAAAACGUCUUCACGGCUCCUUUGUGGCGCCCACGCUGCUGGCGGACGUCAGCGCCGACAUGCUGUGCAUGCGAGAGGAAACCUUCGGGCCCCUGGUCCCCGUCGUCCGGUUCGACACGGAGCGGGAGGCGCUCGCCGUCGCCAACGCGUCCCGAGUGGGCCUGGCAGGUUACUUCUACUCGUCGGACGUGUCUCAGAUCUGGCGAGUGGCCGAGGCUUUGGAGGUGGGUCUGGUUGGGGUCAACGAGGGCCUCCUCUCCACCCCCGAGGCCACCUUCGGGGGCGUCAAGGAGUCCGGCCUGGGUCGGGAGGGCUCCAAGUACGGCGUGGACGAGUACCUUCACGUCAAGUACGUCUGCGUGGGCGGUCUUGAGCUCACGGGCGCUGACUGACGGCACCUCCGAGUAGCCUGCCGCGAUUGGACGAGGGGGCCCCAACCCCAAUUAGCUCGCGUUCCGAGUACCUUUGGGUAAUUUUGCCCUGUAGCGUGCUAGCUAGUUAGCGGAACAGCGUUUGAAUUGACUGUGGGAAUGUUGCUCAUUAAUCGAUGACAAAAUAUUGCCAAUCUCCGAUUGGAAGAUGUGAAAUGCGGCUGCCGGCCAAUCGGGAGGGAUUAACUUCUCUUUCGCGUCAACAAGAAUCAAAUGCGAUCUAGAUGUUUGUUUAUAUUCGUGUAGGUGUGCCGUACUAAUCACGUCAUGUUUGCGAAGGUCUUCAUCAUCUUGAUGAUAAUCACGUCCGUGACAUUUGAUCCACUGUCAAUCUUUGUCAUUUGCCAAAUAACUUUUUGUAUUCUUGCAAGAGAGAUGAAUAAAAUGAAACAAAUGA